AUGUCUGACAUUAGUUUGAACGGGUUCUUCUCGCUGGACGGCAAGGUCGCGCUGGUUACAGGAGGCUCACGAGGCCUCGGUCUCCACGCAGCAACCGCAAUCCUCCUUGCAGGCGCCAAAACCGUCUUCAUCACCGCCCGCAAAUCCGGCGGCGAACAAGGCAUCGACCAAGCAGUAGACCGACUCAACAAACUCGCAUCUCAAAAAGGCCUCAAAGGCAGAGCUAUCGGCAUCGCGGCCAACGUCGCCCAAGUCGAGGAUAUCGAGCGACUGGUCAAGGAAGUCAAGUCUCACGAAUCGAAGCUCGACAUCCUUAUCGCCAAUGCAGGCGCGACAUGGGGAGGCCCGUUCGAACCGACGCCAGACUGGUCGAGUCAGAAGGUGCUUGACUUGAAUGUCCGCGGUGUCUUUAACAUGGCACGUUUGUUCACGCCCAUGCUGGCAGCGGCUGGGACGGCUGAGGAUCCGAGCAGGAUCAUUGUGGUCUCCAGUACAGCUGGGACGCAAGUACCGCAUGUCGGCGACCACGGCACGAUCAUGUACAGCGCUUCGAAGGCAGCGGCGCACCAUCUUGCACGAAAUCUCGCGGUGGAGCUGGGACCGCGAAACAUCACUACCAACACGAUUGCGCCUGGCUUCUUCCCGUCGAAACUGGCGAAUGGUCUAAUUGAGAUUUUGGGUGGACAGGACGAAUUGGAACGGGACAAUCCUCGCAAGCGUCUAGGAGUGCCGGAUGACAUUGCAGGGGUGACACUGUUCUUGUGCUCGAGAAUGAGCAGCUACGUGAAUGGAGAGUACAUAUCAGUGGAUGGUGGACAGCGCCUGGCAUCUGGACGGCAGACGAAGUUGUAG